AUGGUUUGGAUAAAGCCUGACUUUCUCUACUUUGGCCAGCCAUUUUGGUCUGUUGAACAGGAAUGCGAAUACUUUGCUGUUCAGCGUAGGAAAGGCUAUGGAACAAAAGGACUGUCGUCAGUUUUAAUAGCAACAAUCGAUUCAGUGCUGGAUACUCGUCCACCUCCAUAUCGAAUCAUCUAUCGAUACCAAAAUGAUGAGGUUCAAAUUGCUUUCGGCUCUUUUUUAAACGAGAAGGACGUUAGAGCGUUCGUUGUAUGUAAAGUUGAGAGCUUAAUUCAUAUCAACGCCGAAACAUCCUGUGGAAGUGAAAUGCUGGAUUCAUUGUCGACUCGGUCGGUAUCUGAUAAGUUCAUAGUACUGUUUUCAUUGCCUUCCGAUGAAAAGCUAGUGAAUUAUUACAAUUGUUGUUACUGGAACAAUGGUUUUCCCAACCAGGGCCACCUCUACCUAUCUGUAAACUUUUUAUGUUUCUAUUCCUUCAUCUUUGGGAAAGAAGUGAAGAUUAAACUAAAAUGGACGGAUAUUACGAAGCUUGAUCGGGUUUCCACCGUCUUAUGGCCGCAAAGCAUCAACGUUGUCACUCGACAGGACUCUUUCAAAUUUUCAAUGUUUCUUAACAUUGAUGAAACGUAUAAGCUGGCUUCACAGUUAGCUAAUAUCGCAAUGAAACAGCUGAUUGAAGAAGAGGGAUUCUGUGAAGAUGUUGCUCUUCUUCACAAGGCACUACGUGAAAGUUGUCAGAAACGAGCUAGAAAGAUCUCUGCGUCUUUUCUUAAACGAGAUCUCGAUGCAAGAUAUCGUAGUGAAAGCUACAGGUGCACUUUCCAUUUGCCACACUCUGAAAAAUUGGACGGUGACACGGAAUGUCGUCUCUUCACUCCGUACGAUCGUCGACAUGUAAUUGGUCGACUUUACCUCUCGGCGCACUUCAUUUGUUUUGCUAGCAAAACAGAACGCCUCGUUUCAAUUGCAAUUCCGAUUGUGGACAUAGCCAGUGUUGAGGAAUGUAACGAAAUACAGGGUGCAAAUCUCACCUGCGGCACUGGACUGCUGAUUUGUUUAAAAAAUACGGCAACCAUAGUGUUCUCGUUUGUUCCGGAUCGAGAUAGAGUGCUUGCGAAGGCCAAAACAUUUCUUGGAAAAUUUAAUUUGCAAAAUAGAGGAAUAGUUUUGUUUGAGGAGUCAUCACUGUCGACGGUUGAAUGUUUGGACUAUCCUCUCAUGUCGAAAUAUCCAUGUGGAGCUGUUGCUGACAACAGCUCUAAGGCAAGUUGGAAAAAGCUUUUCGAUGAAUAUGGAAGCGGGACAUCAAUGUAUCGAACGGUUGCGUUACAUCGUUUACUACUGAAAGGUGUGCCAGCCGAUUUCCGAGGAGAGAUCUGGAUGAUUUGCUCAGGUGCUAGUGCUGAAAUGAAACUAAAUCCAGGAUAUUACAAGGAAUUAUUGCGAAAGCAUGAGUCAGUCUAUACGGUUGCGCAAGACGAGAUCGAGAGAGAUUUAUACCGUAGUCUGCCGGAACAUCCUGCAUUUCAAAAUGGUGAGGGUAUUGGUGCACUACGUCGUAUUCUGACCGCUUAUUCUUUUAGGAACCCAAAUAUUGGUUAUUGUCAGGCUAUGAAUAUAGUGAGCUCCGUAUUGUUACUCUAUGUGAAGGAGGAAGAAGCAUUUUGGCUGUUGGUUGCUAUCUGUGAGCGCUUGCUUCCCGAUUACUAUAAUACGAAAGUAGUCGGCGCUUUGGUGGACCAAGGUGUUUUCGCGGAGUUAGUUGAGCGUUGCUUGCCGGCAAUCAGUGCAAAGCUGUCACAUCUCGGCCUAGGCGACAUGGUAGCGCUGUCCUGGUUCCUUACUAUUUUCCUUAGUGCUGUCAAAUUUGGUGCUGCUGUGCGAAUAUUGGACUUAUUUUUUUAUGAAGGGGCCAAAAAAUCUGUGAGCAAUCUGCUGUCAUCUUCGUAUCAGAACUUUGGUUGCUCCUUCACUAAUGAACAAAUUGAGAGGCUUCGUUUGAAGCAUCGCUUGAAAGUUGUGCAGACUUUAGAAGAUAGUCAAAUGAAGAGCGUCAUAAGAGGUGUUGGAAAAGAAUGUAAAUUUACGACAAAAGAUUUGGAAGUAUUGUAUAACGUUGUUAAGGAGGAGCAUCUUCUAUCAUGGCGUACACGUAUCGGUGUUACGAUGAGAUCCCAUGCUGGGUCAUUGACUGAAAGACCACAGCCAGAUCCCUGCGCCCAUUCGCAAUACAGGUUGGAUUAUGACCUCUUUUCUGACGUAGUACGCCAUCUUCUUCCGUGGCCGGUUAAUAAUAACUUCGUUGUCCGUCUGUUUAGAUUAUUAGACGUCUCCGACAGUGGUUUACUAACAUUUCGUGAUCUUGCAUUGACGCUGUCACUGCUAUUAGUUGGUGAUGCCACGGAUAAAUUGGCAGUCAUUUAUAAAUGUCAUAUUCCACCAGCUUUUAGUAAUUCAGACACAGAUGGUCCCAGUUUUACCGAGAGUGUACAAGACGGUUGGUGUGUUGUUGAAGGUGGGUUUAUUUGUCUUUUGCUUCUGGUAACAUAUAAUUUCACGCCACAUGUACUUUGA